AUGUGUACCAGGAAUUACAUUAACUUCCAGCUUCACUCGUCUUCAGUUGAAACAUGUGACUCCAACUCUUCAAAUGAAGAAGUUACAAAGCUGGAACAGGAUUAUACUUCUGAAUACUCAUACCCAUGUCGCUGGGAUCAACUUCCGUCAAACAAACAUAUCUUCGCCAAUUAUAACUUCCCAUCUAAAUUAAUCUACAAAAACUUGCAGCCUGAGUAUUGGUGGAGUCGGUAUUCAACUAGUUUGAAAGAUAAAUGUCUGAAGAAUCGUUGGUUGUCUUACACUGGGCAAUGUGAUGAAAGAUAUGACUUAACAGAGUAUCAACUGAUACGUGAAAUUAUCUGGGUCCUGCUUGGUGCCAGGGGGAGCUUUGUUAUGCAAUUAUGUGAAAACCAAAUGGUAGAUAUUUGUUGCAAACCACAUCUUGUAUCUGUUAGCCAUUUAUCUUAUAAUGCUCUUGAUUCAUUGCUGGGGAAGUUCGUUGAUUGGAAUAAUCAUAUACUAUUCAUCAGACUUGUAGUCCAUUUUGUAGUCAACAAAAUGGACUGCGUAUCUCAUGCUUGCGCCUUCUCUUUUGCCAGUUGCUUGAAUGGAUUUUUGUCUCAACUUGAUGAGUUCUUGCAUGAGAUGGAAAGUAAAAGCCGUAAUCCAGGCAUUUUCACUAUGAUCAGUCUGUAUCAUUGUUUGAUCCCUUGGUGUAACCGUGUUAAGAUAUUGUCGAAAAUCAUAAAAGAUGUCAUUAAAAACGACCUUGAUAACUUACGAGAAACAAGUACGAUCACAACUUUACUGGAUGCACUACAUCAUACCUCAGAUUACUAG